CUUCUCCUCAAGAGCCUCCUCGUCUCGCCACAUCCUUUCCUCCAGACCUUCCCAAGGGGCCUUCCCUUCUCUUCACCCUUGUUCCCAUCUGUGUCCCCCAGACCCUCCAGUGGAGGCCACCGCCCUCAGUCCCCCAUCACCCUCCACCGCUCCUGCUCCCACCCCUGCCUGUGGAGCCUGGAAGCCAGAGAGGAAAUGACUGAGCUGCUCUGGUCCCCGCCCGCUCUUGCCCGCGCCCCUGGCCACACCCUCCGCCCCGAGGCAGCUCCCACGCGGGACUCUCAUACUCCAGGCUAGAGACCCUGGGCUCCGACAUGUCACCGUCCAGUUGUUUGUGUCUGCUCACCUUUGUCGCCCUGAUUCUGCCCAGCAGAGGACAGACGCCAGCAAAGGAAACACCAGGUUCUGGAAUGGACCAGACUUCCGCGAAUACUCCAGUCCCAGUUCCAGAUGAAACCAACCCAGAAGUCCAGCCUACCCCUCCCAUUCCGAUCGGGGACACUGAUGAAACCACACAAAGCCAGACAGCGGCCAAAACCGAGAUCCAGCAACCAACAGGAAUGGACACCAUGAAUCUGGCGACAAAGCCAGGGACACACAUGAGCAGAGAGAAAGGUACGAUGGCACACCCUGAGAUGGGGUCUCCAAGCCCAACCAAAGAUGAAGUGUGGUACUACUCUUCCGAUUCACACGCCUCGGAUGAGAACAACCCCUUCUACUAUGAUGAUUUCACUCUCAGGAAGCGGGGACUCCUGGUGGCAGCGGUGCUGUUCAUCACCGGCAUUAUCAUCCUCACCAGUGGGAAGUGUAGACAGUUGUCCCGAGUAUGCCUGAAUCGCCACAGGUGAGUGGGGACUGACACCCCGAUGGGCAGCCCAGCUGGAGCCUCCAUGCCACAGCAGCUCACCACCCCCUGCCGCCUCCCUCUGCCCCAAGAGCCUACAGAGUGGCCAACACAAAAUGAUUCUCCAAAGAAGAGGCCACUGGAGGGAGCCAGGCCUUAGACUGGUGGCUUCCCCCCUCUGAGGGUGCCUGGCUCCCCAGGCAUGCCUUGUCCUGCCCUGCCCAGCCCCCUAUCUAAUCUGUUCAGAUAAAUCCAAGUGGUUUUUCUUC